GCCCCUCCACCAGCAGCCGGGAGGGUGUUAGGGGGCGUUUCUCCAGGAGGAAAGCUGUGAGCUGCGACGCUGAGGAAGGGGACCCCAAAACGUCUGGCACUGCCCCCUCCAGGGAUCACUUUGGACCGCCUCACUCGGCCCAGCCGGAUUCUGAAACGCCGAGGGGUCAACCUGAUGGGUUUCGGGGUCAACGGAAGAGGGGAAGGGGAGCCCUGGCGGGGAGAACCCCCCGGUCCCCCGCCCAGCAGCUGAGGCACAGGAGGGCGGCCAUCUUGGCCGGGAGGGUAGGGCUGGGGAGCUGCGGGCGCCGUGCGAUUGGGGGGCUCGCCCGGAAGUGACGCCAACUACCCGGAAGCGGAGGGGGUUCCCUGGCCCACUCCCCCCUCGUUCGUUUGCUCCCCCGCUUCCUCCCCGCCCCCCUUCCUCUCCAUUCGUUUCCCCCCCUCCCCGUUCCCUGCCUUCUUCCCCCCCCCGCCGUCCCUCCCCCCCAACCUCCGGAGCUGGGAAGAGAGUCAAGAUGGCGGCGAAAUCCGAUGGCGGUGGCGUGGGGGUGGGCUUCGCUCAGCUGCACAACCUGGACGAGGCGGUGGGCAGCGGCGGCGAGGAGGACGGGGAGCCCGGGGGAGGCGGCUGCGGCGGCGGCGGCGACGGCAGCGAGCCCGGCGAGAGCAGCUCGAUGCACAUCUGCCACUGCUGCAACACCUCCUCGUGCUACUGGGGCUGCCGCUCCGCCUGCCUGCGCUCCCUCCUGGGCAGGAAGCCGCGCCGCAGCGCCGCCGCCGACGGGGGGGACCAGCCGCUGCAGCCUCCCGCGGCCCCCGGCGCCGGCCGCCAACCCCCGACGCCCUCGGCCGCGCGGCCGGAGCCGCCGCCGCCGCAGGUGGAGCGGCCGUGGCUCGACUGCCUGUGGAUCGUGCUGGCGCUGCUGGUGUUCUUCGGGGACGUGGGCACCGACCUGUGGCUGGCCCUCGACUACUACCGCAAGGGGGACUACGUCUACUUCGGGCUGACCCUCUUCUUCGUGCUGGUGCCGUCGCUGCUGGUGCAGAGCCUGAGCUUCCGCUGGUUCGUGCAGGACUACACGGGCGGCGGGCUGGGCGCCGUGGAGGGGCUCACCAGCCGGGGCCCCCCAAUGAUGGGGGCCGGCUACGUCCACGGCGCGGCCCGCGGUGGCCCAGGCGUGAGGGUCUCCCCCACGCCGGGGGCGCAGCGCCUGUGUCGCCUCUCCGUGUGGAUCUGGCAGUCGGUCAUCCACCUGCUGCAGAUGGGGCAGGUGUGGAGGUAUAUCCGCACCAUGUACCUGGGGAUUCAGAGCCAGCGGCGGAAGGAACACCAGCGACGCUUCUACUGGGCUAUGAUGUAUGAAUAUGCAGACGUCAACAUGCUGCGCCUCCUGGAGACCUUCCUGGAGAGCGCGCCCCAACUGGUGCUACAGCUCUACAUCAUGCUCCAGAAGAACAGCGCCGAGACCCUGCCCUGUGUCUCCUCUGUGACUUCCCUGAUGUCCCUGGCUUGGGUGCUAGCCUCCUAUCACAAGCUGCUGCGGGACUCCAGGGACGACAAGAAGAGCAUGAGCUACAGAGGGGCCAUCAUCCAGGUCUUCUGGCGCCUCUUCACCAUCUCAUCCCGAGUGAUCUCUUUUGCCCUCUUUGCUUCCAUCUUCCAGCUCUAUUUUGGGAUCUUCGUGGUGGUUCACUGGUGCGCCAUGGCCUUCUGGAUCAUCCAUGGCGGAACAGACUUCUGCAUGUCCAAGUGGGAGGAGAUCCUCUUCAACAUGGUGGUAGGGAUUGUGUACAUUUUCUGCUGGUUUAACGUCAAGGAAGGGCGGACUCGAUAUCGAAUGUUUGCAUAUUAUACGAUAGUCUUGACCGAGAAUGCUGCCUUGACGUUCCUUUGGUAUUUUUACAGAGACCCGGAGACCACUGACUCCUAUGCGGUGCCAGCACUGUGUUGUGUCUUUAUUAGCUUUGUGGCUGGGAUCGCACUGAUGCUCUUAUACUAUGGCGUGCUGCAUCCCACGGGACCACGAGCUAAGAUCCUUGCCAGCUCCUGUUGUGCCGAGCUGCUCUGGGGCAUCCCUUUGCCCCCCGAUGUUGAGCCCAUGGCGCCUGAGACCCCUGGGUACCGGGGGACCCAGGUUACGCCCACCAGAGCCGUAACGGAACAACAGGAGGAUCUCACGGCUGACACUUGCUUGCCCGUUUUCCAAGUGAGACCCAUGGGGCCCCCUACCCCGUUGGGGCGUCCUUACCUCCCAGAAGGGCCCCUCAUUAAGAUUGACAUGCCAAGAAAGCGAUACCCAGCUUGGGAUGCUCAUUUUGUAGACAGGAGGCUGAGAAGGACUAUUAACAUUCUACAGUAUGUCACCCCCACCGCAGUAGGCAUUCGAUAUCGAGACGGACCACUCCUCUAUGAGUUGCUACAGUAUGAGUCUUCACUCUAAGAGCAUCUUGACCAAGUUGAGAAGGGGACCUUAAGUUUGGUUUGCGGCAAACAGCACUUGCAAGAAAUAUAACCCUCCCUUCCCCCAAUACACAGAACCACCGCCACCACCACCAACACCGCCACACCAACACCACCACUACAAAAAAAAAGAAUUAAUAAGUCACAACCCCUUCAAAUAAGCUUUCUUUCCAGUCGCUGUAUGUAUACAAAGAUAUUCUCUAUGUUUUGUAAGUAAAAACAAAAAGAAAACCUUUCUUUUGUUUUUUACACAUAAGAAACAGUAUUGAAAAAUCCCACGCUAUGGUUCAUAGGGUGGAGAAGGAGGAGUUAUCUCCACUCCAAAAGAAAAAAAAAAAGUUUUUUACCUUACACCAAGUGUAGAUCAUUUAUGGGAUUGGUGCUGAUUGAAAGAACAAAACAAAACAAAACAAACACAAACAAACAAAAAACCUUCAACUGCCUUAUGCCCUUAGGUGCUGAGUUUCAUUAAGUACUGUCACGUUUUCUCAUGCAAAACUCUCUGGUGAUUUUUGUACCAGAAGAGGGAAAAUUAAACAAUUAAAUGAAACAAAUCUAAAAGUGAAACAAAAACCAACCAACAAAUAUAACACAAAGCAAUUAUUCUUCCUAUCUGAUUAUUUGUAUUGAAGAAAACAAAUUUACCAAAAGCAAAAGCAUAAACCCCUCCCUCUUUUCAGUUUCUCCCCGUCCUCUCCUGACCUUCUCCCCACUUUGCAGAGCCUUCUAGGAGCUCAAGGGCUGUUUGAAACUCAAAUGGCUGAAGAAGCUACUUGAAGGCUGAUUAUGUGCCAUUUUAGCAUUUGCCUAGCAAGAAUCACAUUCGUUUCCCAGUGAAAAGCAAACCAGAACAAAACAAAAAGCCACCCCAAUAAUUCGGUAAGGACAGGAUAUUCUAAAGCAAAUUAAAGGAGAUUUCUGUACACAUAAUCAGUAAUAAUAAAACUCAGCAUAGUAGCAAAAAGAACGACAUCAAUUUAAAGGCACAAUACUUAAUCAGUGACUGGCAACAACGAUUAGUUCCAUCAUUUUAAGGCUGUGAAUGGUAGACAUUUAUCACAUGUGAUAUUGUGUAAAGCCUCUUCUGUUUCCAUUUGGUGGGAAGCCUUAAAUUGAUCUGGAAAGAAUUCUUCAUUUUUCAUUUGUGCUUUUUUUAAAAAAAAAUAACACAAAGAGGAAAACUAGAAUAUAUAUAUAUAUAUACAUAUAUAUAAAAAGUCAAAAUUGUAAUAACUGACCCAUUUCAAAGACUGUUUGGUGCUUCUGUCUUUCACCAUUGUGGUUGGCUGAAAAUCAUUCAGCUCACCUGGUGCAUCUGGGUUGAAUGGGAAAUUUUGUGUGUGUAGUAUGUGUGUGUUUGUGUGUGUAUGUGUGUGUGUGCCCAUAGCACACGUAUAUAUGUGUGUGUCCCUGCUGCAAAGUCUUGCCAGAGAUAUACAAAACUGAUGUAAGACGGACUUGGAUCACGGCUUGGUUCAGCAGAGCAUGGGGGCGGGGGCUCUGGAGUGGCGGGGAAGUGAUGCUGCCUGCCCACGAGCCCUGGUUUGGGUGGCAAGACUCACACCAGCAGUGGACUGCAGGCCUUAGAGGCCAUGCCAUUUGGGUGAGGAUUUGAUUCCACUGUUUAUUUUCUCAUUGUAUCAAGUUGAAUUUCUGCAGGUGUUGCAAGUAUGUUCAACCAUUUAAAAUUUUUUUUAUUUUUCAAAGUAUUGUUCCUUUAAAGAAUAUUUCUGUUCUAGGGCAUCGUUUCAAUCGCAUCGUAUCUCUACUUGGGCACAAAAAAAAAGGAAAAGAAAAAAAUCACAAAAAAGAUAUAUAUAUAAGUAUAUAUAUAUAUAUAUAAACACACACAAUAUUUUAAAGUAAAUACUGUUAGUCUUUGCUGUGUGUAGCUGCGAUUUUUUUUUUCCAAAUAUAUACCUGUUUAGGGUGCAAGACCUCACAUUGAACUAUUCUCAACAGAAGUUCAAUAACUGAGGGAUUUUUUUAAUGUUUGUGGAGUUUUGUUUUUUUUAAAAUAAAAAACAAUUAUUAUUCAGCGAGGCUUCUCCUUCCCACCCCCUUCAUUGUUUAUCUAAAACCUUUUUUUUUUUUAAGAACGAGUUUCAAAUAUCAGUUGUGAAACUGUAUGCUCUCUUCUUUGUCGGGACUUCCUGGACUUCAUGCGUCCUUACUAAGCAUCGUGGUGCUGUCCUCUCCCCGUCCCUGACUCGGGGGUCCCCUCGGGCCUCACUGGUGGGCAGGUGGAGGAGGAGCCCCCAACUCUAGGAAGCAGGACGAACAGAGCACACGCAGGCAGCAGUGAAAACCAGCCAGGAGGGCUCGGCGCGCCCAUUAAAGGGACCCGCCCUUGGGCCCCUGGAGAGUCACCUGGGAGUUGGAAUCUAGUCAGAGGCACUUUUCUGAACCGCACCAGCGUGCUGCCUUGCAAGGGCUUCACGCCUGAGCUGCACGGUGUACUCUGCUAGGCUGGGAAGGUGAGGCCAUUGGAGGGUGGGGCAUCCGCUUUAGCUGGUGGGGUCCCACCUCUUGUCUGCUUCAGGUCUGGGGCUCUGUGCACCUGGAGCUGGCCCAUGUCUGUCCUUAGCGCAUCUUCCGUGAAAUGCCCUCAUGCAUCCCCUCGGGACUUCUGCCACUUUUGCUUGUGUGUCUGUUCUUGGAUUUCUUUCUUUCUUCUUUCUUUUUGUUUCAGCGCAGUCACGGGUUUUAAUUCACCACCUCUAUUUCACUCUUGCACACUUAGUGUGUGUGUGUCCGUGUGUGUGCAUCCUGCCAUGUUUACAUGAAACUUACAAAGAGAACGGUGGUGGAUGCUGAGCUGACCGGGAGCACCAGGAGUUGGGAUGGCAACUUCCAAAUCAGGGAGGGCCUCCAGGGUCUUAGCCACUAGGAACAAAUGAGGAGAUCACGGGACAUUUCAGCAAUCUUUAAUUUCACACUUCUCACUUCAAAAGGCACCCUCGCCCCUCUCUGGAACCCCUCCAUCAUGCCAGUACUUUCUUCACAAAGAAAAUGAAAAUAUGCAUCUGUGAGCAGCAGCAGGGAAAGCUGGUUUUGCAGAGAUGCAGGAAAAGGAAGAAAAGCAAGGAAAGAAGUAGAGAGCAAGGCAGGGAAGGGGCAGGGGAGACCUGAUGGCAAGGACCAGGCCAGAGCUGUCCUCAGUGUCCUCUUGUCAUCAGCCUCUAGCAGCUCCCCACACUCCCAGCCACCGUAAAACUCUCUGGCCUCAUCUCCACUGGGGUCUUCUCUUCCCCCCAGGCCCUUCCCCUUCCAGUGACUGGUCCUGGGCGUCAAGGCAGGAUUCCAUACACACUCAGUGCUGAGACCAUCUGGGGACUGUGUCUCCAGACCCAGAUGACUUUGGUCCUGAAAGCCCGGAUCCUUAAGGCCGCCCCGUGACAGGGUCACUCUUUGUCCCACAUUAAGUCUUUGUCCCACAUUGGACAUUAAAUGCCCAAUGUCCCAUAUUUUUCCUUUGCCUCAGUCCCUGACAACCCUCUAGGGCUGCUGCUUCAGCUGCUUCCCAGAGGAAUGCCCGUGAUGUUUUUAGGUUUUUUAAAAAUUUUAAAUCUCUGGGCCCAUUUCUUUCCCAGGACCCCCUGAUGAAAAAUAAUCCAUUUCCAGUAUUUAGGCCUGGUAAGCACAUUGGUGCCCAGAGAUGGAGAAUACAAAAACUAUCUCCUUUUCAUUCCCUAAUGACCCCCCCAUCAAGUAUGCCCACUAAGACCCGUAUUUUAUUCCUCUAACCACAUAGAACAUUUGGCUCUACUUUUUCUUCCCAGAAAUUUGGUAGUAUCGCUAAACUAUAACUAAUGGUGUUAGAGUCGUUUCUGCAAACUCUGCUUCUCCCUUGCUCAGCAGGUCUGCCUCUUCUCCCAGCCUCUGUGUAAAAGGAAACUUCAGUCCCCUCAGAUGACAUUAGGAUAAUGUGCCCCGAGUUCACUGCCUGAAGCCUGUGACAUCCGGAAUGGGAGCUCCCUGUCUCUUAAGGCCAUGAUGAGGGGUGCUAGGGAGGCUUCAGUCCAUCAGAUCAACCCCCUCUGGCCUCACUCACCCUAAAGCUUCCCGUGUCUCUAACACUCUCCUGCACUCUGCCUCUGGAAGGUGUCACCUGGUUCUGCAGGGUCGGGCUUGUCCCAGCAACAUGGGUACCAGGAUACUGGUAGGACACUCACCCAAGCAGAUCUGCGGCCAGAACGAAAGAGGCGCCAUCUCCCUUGCCCAGACAUGCCGCCAUCACAACACAGCCUUGGGCAGGGAAGACGACAUUUCCCCAUGGCCUGGGGAUCCCCCACACCACACCUCCCCAGGCACAGAAUCAUUCAAGACCCGAUGGUUCUCAUGGCUCUAACCCAGUCCCUCCCCAGCUGUGGCCCCUCUGAGUCCCAUGAUCCUGUCUGGCCCGUGGUCAUGAAGGUGAUUCCCCUGGCUCGGGGGCGUCUCAUGCCACAGAUGUCUGACCCUGUCCAGAUAUGAGCCUGAUUCUCAGAAAGAAUUUACAGGUUUUAGAAAAGCACCAAAUUACAUCAUUUUCUCCAUUCUUCUUCCAGUUUUAUUCCCUCCCACUGCACAGUCAUAGGGGCAGAAAAGAAGGUCUCUGAUGCGGAUCUGGUUUGAAGCUGCACUGGGUGGGCCACAGCCUUGCUUCUUCUUGCACAUCUAAACCCCUUCGCAGUCUCUGCAAGCUAGAUAGAGGAAACACCACCUUCCUUCUCCCAUCUGGUCUGCUCCUUGCUCAUGGGAGGGCUAGAACCAACCCCAAGCUUUGAUGCCCCCAGACCUUAGCACAGGGUCCUCUCUCCAUGAUCCAGGGACAGAGCAAGAAGAGCACGACAGUGUGCAGGCUCAGAGCCUUUGGCUUGGAGCAAAGGAUAUCAGCUCCCAGAAGAGAAUGAGGCAGGCUAUAUUCUCAUGCUCCUGGCUCGCUCGGAUGAGCUGGGUUGGGGAUGUCACCUAGCAUUCGUUUGGCACAGAUGGUAGCAUUUUCUUUGCCAAGAAAAGUGGCUCCUUACUCAAAACGAGCCCUUCCAGGCCUUGUAUGUGUGAUGACAGCUGCUCUGGAUGGUGGCUUCAUGAUUGAAGGAAGGGAAUCUCCUUGUGUACCUUUAAUUUGAUUUUCUUACCAAGAAGCUAAAAUCUAUUUUUUCUUUGCCAAACUGAAAAAUAUUAACACAAUCAGAUUUGGUUAGGGAGGUUGAGAUUUAAAUUUGGAUACUGUAAAAGGAAGAGAGCUUAUUGCAAUUAAUUUCACCAAGAUCCAUGUGAUACUGUCUUUGUUGACUAGGAAACCAUCGGGGAAAUCUGGAGGAGCUUAAAGGAGACCUGGGGAAGACCCUGCAGGAGUGAAAUGGAAGGACCCAGAGGGGCGGGCUCACCCCAGGGGCUGGACCAGCCUUACAGGGAGCAGUUCUAUUCAUUUCUCUCUCAAAUAUUUAUUCGUCACUAGACCCUGUUGGGCAGCCCCCCUCAUCAAGCACAACACAGUUACCCCUUAGGAAGUGAACGUAAAUCGAUGUUGGUUCCUCUUAUCAAGAUCCAGCUGAGAACGAGAUGAGCACAAUGGGAACCUCUUUAAACCUCUUUAAACUUCUGUCCCUUCUCCUCAGCCCAAACUGGCAACAUUCCAUUCUCACCCACAGUUCAACCUCCAGAACAUGGAAAUGGCAGAGGCCAGCCAAUCACAGGUUACAAACCCAUGACCUUGCAAGAGGACUUCCCCCGGCAUCCUCAGUCAAUGUGUGUCUGUUCCAAUUUCAAAACAUGUAAAAAGGCAAAAAGGCAACUCUACCCUCCCAGAGAUUUUUUUCUAUCCCUCUUCACUGGGGAAAAAAAAGAUGAUGCUUGAUCUGAAUUCUUGCAGUGGCAACACAAGCCCCUUUCUCACCCAUUCUUAGCUAUUCUAAACAUUUCACUUCUUGCUGAAACACUGCAUCUUGUGCUGAUGGCCAGAUAUCAGAAGACAAAGGUGCUGCCUUGAUCCUGCUGCAGACUCCUUCCUUGGCUCGCCUGGUCCUGUCUGCCUUGUUCAGCUUUCCCUGGCACCAUCUACUCCUUACUCCUGUGGCUUUCCUUGCACUGGCUGGCAGGCCAUGGCUGAUAUAUCCUGGAGACAAAGGUCGUGAGUGCUAUUAAUGACAACUCCCGAGGGCAGCAGACGGACCACUGUGGGAGUUCCCCCUGCUCUUGGCCAACACCUUGUGUCAAGGGCUAAGAAUAGACCACAUCGGAAAUGAGCAGGCAGGACCUAGGGACACCUGCCCCAGGCUGCCCCAUCACAUGCAGCACAGUGCGCAGGUCCCAGGAGGAGAUGCUGCCCUUGUGAAUCCCUAACACAAAUCCUAGGACCCCCAACUACUGCUAAAAAUCAUUCUCAAACCAAUGAGGACAAAGAAAUAAUUUCCCUUUAGUAUAGUGCCAAUUGGUAACCCAGUGCACAUCCCUCUAUAAGCACAUUUGGCCAUCUGUCACGGUGGAUACAGACAACCCAUCAUCUGUUAGAUGAGCUCCCCUGGUCUGUUUGUCCAUCUUCAACAUAGCUCUGGGAUCCUUGGGCUAGAGUGGGCCCGGGAGAUUUGUUUUAGCUACAGACUUCCUAGGGGCUUUCCUUUAGACCCAGAAAGAUCAGGAAAUGUCACAGGCUGAUUCAGGGUCCCCACUGUGAUCGUGGAUAACUCACUUCACCUCUCGGUGCCUUGGUUUCUCCAUCUGUAAAGUGGAGAGAAAGAAGGCCAACCUCUUUCUUCUCUCCUGCUCAGGGAUGCUUGGAGGAUUCGUCAUUGUUGCCUGUAGCAAAGCCGUCAUAUGAGAAAAAGUGGUGACCUCAUUUCUUGGGAAAUGGAACCACAGAAGGAGAGAGUGUUUUCCAGGGGCAGUGGCACCUGGAAGCCACAGGAUGAACAGGGAGCACAGCGGGACAGGGAGGAGUCUCACAUACCUGUAGUUCUUAGAGACUUCAUAGCACUGUGAACCCAGGUCAGUGGUAGCCUGGUCAGGUGACCCUUGGUCACCUAUCUUGAGCCGGCCACUUGUAAUUCUAACACCAAAUCUCCUGAUGUUAAUUCUUCCUAAGGUAUCAGAGAAUAUAUGGAAGGAUGCAUUUGAACACUGAUAUUCAUUGCGCUUUGGGCAGACAAGAGGAGUGAAUGGAGAGUAUUUAGAGACUGUUUUUAAGGUGGUUGCAAGCUCUUCAGGAAAUCUCUCUCACCUUUGUUCUUCCUUACAAUCUUUUUCAAUCUUGAUGCUCACCUCAUCAAAUGGACUCACCUCUUUCCCUCUCUGCAGAGUACAGAAAAAGAAAAACACCGAAUCUUUUUCUUUUUAAACAAUUGUUCCAUCUGCCAAAAUGUGGGUCCCAAUGGUGGGUUUUCUUCCCUCCCUUGUGUGCUUUGAGCGGAACCUGCAGGCAAGGAUUCAGAGACAAACAGGGCUGGAGAAUAGCACUAAUUUUUUUUUCUAAAACAAGGUAUUUUUUUCUUAUAAUUCGUAUUGGAAAUGUCACAUUGAAUUUCUUUUUCUUUCCUUUUUUUUUCUUUUGACUAUGGUUUGACUGUUAUCAAUUCAAAUACCAAGAUACACUCUGAGCAAGAACACAGACCUGUCCUGAGAGCCUCUGCUUUUCUUAGGACCUAACCUGGAGUGAGGGCAGGUGGGAGCCCAGGAGGCACUGGGGUUCCAGGGGGGCCAGCCGUGAGGGUGAUUUUCUAUCAGCUCUGAGAACCUUCUUGGAAAGAAAAAUUCCAGAAGCUUCAACUGUUCUGCAUCAGUCAACCUGGCUCUGGCCUUUUCCUUGGAGUUCAGGUGUAUUUUCGUAUAGAAAUUCUCACCAAGAAAAAAAUGCCCCUCCUGGAACUGUCCCUAAAUGAAAUGGAGCUCACACGAGCAGGUCUCGGUGGCUGCUGCCAACGCCUCCUGCUCAUUCCUAGCGGAGCCCUGACCAGAACUCCUUUCCCUCCUGCUCUGACCCUGCUCUCUGAGGUUAAUAUUAUUGUUUUGACAGCACAAGGGACGAGAUCAUAGUCUGGAAUUCACGAAUGACUUGUGCUUGACCGUGCAUCUGACUGUUCUGUGGAUAGGUCAAGUCCUGCUGGGAUGGUUUAUUUCCACAAGGUAUUUCUGAUAGUAACAAAAGGAGAGAAUACAUGAGACCUCCUACCUGAUUCUCCGUUCUCAUCAGCACCCGCUUUUGACUGGGAUGGAUGGUGAAUGAACUGUCCCAAAUUUGAGAACAAGAACUUUGAAGAUGGACACAUGGAGCCACGGGGAACAACAAGACUCAGUAGAUGGGUAGGAAGAAUGGUGACGAAGAGGAAGGCUUCCAGAAGUAUGCGGGAGGAGAACAUUAGCGGCCAUCUAGGCAUUCCUUCCUAUACUCUCUGGGGCAGAAAUAGAAAAACGUAUUCUUUUCAAACAGAGGAAAUUGAUUUUACGGAGUGACGUGCUUAAGCAUUUUUUUUAAACAAAAGGCUCAGAGAAAAUAUCUAAAGAAAGGAGAGGCACAUUCUCAAGAACAGAUCAUGUUAUUGGAAGUAAAAAAUCCAGGACUAUCCUUCUACAGACCUAAGUCAAGUCACUCUUAGGGCCAAUUUCUCUUUCUGUAAAAUGGGAAGAAUAUCGUUGACCUACCUCACAGGGGUGUUGUGAGGAUUAAGUAAUCAUGGCUGGUAAAGCGCUUUGAAGAUAAAAGUAUUAUGGUGAUCAGGCUUGCUUCCUGUUUAAAAAUCUAUACACCAAUUGAGCAUCUACUGUGUGCAAGGUGCAGUGGAGGAAGGGAAUAUGAUCCAGUUCCUCCACUCUCUUUUGAUUAAUGGAUAUAUUUUAAAAGAUUCCAAGAGGACAGAAUAACAGAGUUGUCUCAAUGUGGGUCAAGAAAGGAGUUCUCUUUCUGCCCCAGAAAAGCUACUCUCCUUUCCUUCUCAAAUAUUUAGACAAGAAGGAAGGGCUUUAAAUUCUUUGGCUUCCAUCAGAGAAUGCUCCUGUGGGAAGCAAACAAAUACUGGUUGUUCUGCUUCCUUUGUGGGAAAAUGAAGGCAAAUAGCAGUGAAAGUUCCUUGUGACCAGCACAUAAUGGUUCUAUUAUUUCAGUUAUUCCUUCUAGGCUCAGCUUCAGUUUUGCCAUAGCCUUUUUCUUCUGUCUUCAGACCCAGAGAACAAUUCACUUAUGCUGUCCUGGAAUAGCUGGGGAUUUGGGGUUGGUUGGUUUCCUUGGAGAGUCUGGUAUACUGUUGUUUGCUGGAAAGUCUUGGCUUCCAAAGACAAGGGUCUUUACUCGAAAACAAAUCAAAACAUGCGACUGCCAUUUUUUUUUUUUUUUGGUGGGAGGAGUUUUCAAUUUCUUAGCUGCCUCACAUAAAGCAAAGCCUUUUAAAAUGUCUCAUUCAUUUUUCCAUGUGCAAAAAGUUCUUCCCUUCCCAAACAUACUGAGUGAACCAAGUCUGGAUUCUAAACUGUAGCACACGUCAAAGGAUUCAGAUGAUGUGUACAGUGCCGUGCUGGAGGUUCACAAAUUUCUACAAAGAGCCAAACCACCUACUGCGCUAAGCAGGUUGGAAUUCCAGCCCCAAAUCGAAGCUUUCUGGAAAUGCUCCCAGAGCCUUUUAGCUUUAGGAAUGCCCUUUCAGUAUUGCUAGGGCAGUCUCCCUGAAUCCUCAGAAAUCUUUCUGCCACAGAAGAACAUCCUCAGAAGCCAGUGGGGGCUUCCUCUGUGUAUUAGAACCAGAGAGAAGCCACUUGUUAUUUUGAAAAUCAUUGUAUGAUGCCAGCCUUUAAGGAAAGAAGAGAGUUAUUUUCUUUUCCUUUCAGAGGGAAGAAAGGACUGAGAGAAAGGGAAGGUGAUUUGAUUUGCUCUUUGGUUGCUAGAAGAGACGUGAGACUCAGAGGUCCAUGGUGGCCUGUAUCUUGGACAUGGGACUGCGGAGGCCCGUGUUGAGUUUCCUUAGGCAGCUGAGGUAGUGCUGAGGCGCUACGCUCCUUUCUUUUCAACCAACCCUGGGCUCAAGGAAAGGGGGGCCUCAGUUUGGUGCUGCCAACUUGCCCAGAUCAUCCUCAGCGUCUCAGCCACAUCUCUGCCCCUCUCCAGCCUGUGUUCACGAGUGGCCCCCAACGUUGAUUCCAAAAGGCCUGCCUUCUUCGAGGCCUAUGCUUCUACGCACAUUGCUUCAGGUCAGAGCUGUCUGUCCAAAUGCAACCGCUGCAGCCUUUUCACUUGCCUUGACACCACUGUUGCUGCAUGCUUCCACCAAAUAUGCCCCCACCCCUGCAGGAGCUGUCAUUUCACCCCCACUGAGAGGGCCUCCAGCAUUGCCCUGGGCCUCCAGGAUUGCCCUGGGCCUAGCCUGCCUAAAACCCAGGACAGGCUCUGCUUCUUCCUUUUUUUAUAUCCAUGUGCCUUUAAAAGGCGUGGCCCUGGGUCCUAGUUGAGCCUUUACAGAAGUGGAGGGCUGGAGAGAACAGGUGAUGUUACUUAGGCAGUUGGGACACUCACUGAUAACCUGUGAAGCCAAUGUGGGCCAGUAACUCAGAAUGCUGUUUUCCCAGCGGCUGGGCUGUCUAGGGCAUUCGCUCUUCAAAAUAACGACAAUCCCUGUGAUGUGGUUGCUCACAUCUCCCCCUGCUGACCGCUAACCUCAUGGCACCUGCUCAUUAUUGAUGGCUUCGUUUGUGUUUGAAAUUACAUUGAUUUUUAAAUGCCAGAGAGAGAGAGAGAGCUGAAAGCCACACGAACUCUGAGAUGAUCUGAGAUUAUGAAAUUGCUGUGAGUUAUGCAGAACAGAGGAGUGCAUGACCAUGUAACUACAUCCAAAACUUAUUGAUCCAUCGAGAUACAUAAAUGUGCCGGUCUUGGGCAUAUUAUUUGUAUAUAUGCAUAUGUAUCUUUUUCUUAAAGGGCUGAAAUAGUUUGAUGAAACAGAGUAUUCUGAUGUUUAGGGCUCUUGCCGGGCUUGAAAUCGACCUAGUCUAGAUGGCUUUUUCCUUUCUGCCAGGCAGGGCAGAAAGGGGUCAUAAAGAAACCUGAGCUGGUUUAUGCCUUCAUUUCCUCCGUAAGUGACAGAAAGCCAAUAGCAGGGUUCUACGGGGUCUUGAGAGAUUCUCUAGUUGCUACCAGUAUUCUCAGCAGAUUCACAGAACAACCUGGGAUCCCCAGGAAGCAGCUUUCUAAACAACUCCCCAGAAGUUCUGGAAUUUGAAUCACACUGAGUACAUCUGAUCCAUUAGCGCAGCAGUCGCCUCAGUAGGUAAAGAGAGGGGAGUGUGCUGUGGACAAGUAAGCUUGGACGUUACCGCUCUGAGCCCGGCCAGUGGUAGAUGAUCUUUGGCUGCCAGGAUCUCUGGCCAGUGACAACCAAACCUGCUCUGUCCAGCUCCCCCGCACCACCAAUCUCUGCAGGCGAGUUGGAGGCUGGCCCCUUGAAGCCAUGAGGACUUGGGGAAAGAGUCUCCUCUGCUUAAAUAUGAAGUCCUCCUGGCAUCUCUAGUAGACAGGGGACACUGCAGGGAGUCCUGCUUUGCGGGAGGCAGAACGCAUUUUUCGGCAGCUCUGGGUACCUCCCCACAGCAGCAGCAGCGUUGACAACUCUGGAGUCCUCCAGACAGACUUCAGCAGAAACCCAGGUGCCCACAGCGUGCAAGGCCACCCAGAGCCCCUUCUGCCCUCGGACAGAAUUGGCAUGACCUGGAGCGACACGAUACUUGGUUAUGUGGGAAAAGAGCGUUUCAGGUGAGCUGGAGGAAGCAGGUGCUCAUGCAGCGGGGCACGCUGAACCCUAAGUUUCUUUCUGGAGCAGAGUGUGGUUCUGAGCCUCUUCUUCUGGCUGGAAGAGCAAGGGAGGCCACCUGCAGUGUUGGGAUCCAUGGUCUCUGGAUGUUUCCGAUCCAGGCAGGGGCUUCAUAAGAGUCCACCUGGAAGACCUGGUGUCAGGUGUGAGGCAAUCACAGGGUCUGUCCAAGCCUGAAGAAACCCUUUCAAGCCCAGAUCCCCAGAGGUAGCUUUGGAUCCCCUCCUCUAAACUGUCACACAUGCACAGCCUGUGUUUCCUGACAUUCAGGGUGUGGCGUGCGGCCAGUGGCUCCAGACGGUCAUGCCAGCACCAUCCGUCCCGUCUCCUCCCCUCCAUCUCUUCUCCCUUCCCCAGGCAUGGUAGCCCCAGUAGUGAGGGCAGCAAAUUGACUCUCUGCUUUCCCUACGAUGGCCAAGUAUAUUCCAGCUUCCACAACCCCUUAUCUCUAGCCCUGAUCCCCGUUGUACACAGUUUUCAUUAUCUUUUUCCUUACAUGGACUCGUUUGUGACAAGACAUGUUUUUAAGAAAAAUUUUUGUCUUGUUUUUCUGGUGUAACAGAGAAUUGGCUUUUUGGGGUAGGAAGAAAGAAUUAGGAAAAAGACAUGGGAAGAGGACAGUGCCAAGCUGGAAGGGUUGAUGAUGCCACCCUGCCUUCGGCGUGGUGGUUUUCUUUUACUUUAAAAAAAAUUACACAUCUGUUGCAGAAAAAAAGUUGGGGGCUUGGGGAGUAGGGAAAGAAGGCAAGAAGGAAGCGAGGAAAGAGAGAGAGAGGUGGAAGAAAGAAAGGAGCCCCCUUGGGUGUCACUGUCAUUUCCUGAUGUCUGGGGCUGCCACGGUGGUUUGUUGUUUAAAGGAAAUCCAUUUUUCUCCCUGCAGCUGGGCUGAGCUUUCCAGCACUUUCCGGCUCUGUGUGUGCCUGAGAACGGGCCACGAGGUCCUGGCUCUGGCCUCACUGACUUCACCCCGCAGGGUCAUUUUGGGCUUCUCUUGCGCCUGGUCACGGGCUCUCUCAACCCCUCCACCUGCCGCAGGGAGGCAGUCAGCAGAGGCCGGGAGACUGGAAUCCAAUCUCUCUUCUCAUAACAACGGUGAUUUUCAUGGGCAUUAUUUUUGGGAUUUGCUUAGCUUUUCUUGGAUACUUUUCUCCCGAGAAGCUUUUCCAUGUUCACUCCGUAAGGUUGAAGAUGCUGCUAACUGAUGCUCUCUAAAGCAAAACUAGUUGAACUUCUCAGGGAAUUCAAAGCCUUGAGUACAUACAAUUUGUAAUUUUCCCUAAAGGGUUAGCAAAAUAGUCUCACUGCUCCUGUCCACCCUGAGCAUUGGCUGUCUGACAAACAUGUUUGUGUAUGUAUUUGUGGGUUUUCAGGAAGCAGAGUCAUAAACAUCAUUACUUUUGAGAUUCCAAAUAUUUCCCCCCACCACCAUGCCGAAACUGUGCUUGAGCAAGCAUCCAUCUAUACAAGGAAAGGUUGAGAACGUGGCAUCUCCAAGCUAAUGGCGGGUGCCCCUGUUCCUCUUCCACUUUCACUAGGACAGGAAGUUUGCUCACUGUGUGAAGUUUUAGUCACCGUAUGAAACUCACCUUUUCCAGCUGGGAUUCCUUCCUUCUUCCCUUUGCCUCCAUGUAUCUAAUCCUCAUGGUUAGUUCUUACAUCCUGAGAAGAGCCGAGUGAGUAGAAUACAGCUUCCAAAGCUCAUACCAUGUUUUCCUUUACUCUGGAGUUUGCUGGUGUUAAAAAUAGUCUAUAGUGAACUAUAGGCUAAGGAGAAAGCCUGUGAGCUGGACCUUCCUAGAUGCAGGUUCAUGACCACCUCCUGUUAACCAAAGUCUCGACCUAAAAGAAUAGAAAUGACUUGAUUUCUAGCCCCCAUCUCUCUGGGGGAAGAUCUCUGUGGAAGUGACUUAGCCAAAGUUUUGGGGGAGGGCUAGAAAGUACCUUGCCCUUGAUCACCCUCAAACUACACAGGUAUUGCUUAUUGACACCCUGUGUGACAGGUCAGGGAGAGCCCUUAUGUGUGUGAUUGAUGACACACUAUGUAAUUAAUGCACCCUUAGGAUGGGGGAAGAAGUCCUUAUUCUUAAUUAAUUUAACUGAGCACCUCAUACGUGCAAAACAUCGUCUUUGCCCAUAGAUAAAGCUGAGAGGGGAGGAAAGUACUGAAUGAAAAUUCCCGAGGUGUAAAGGCUAAGAGCAAAAUCUUCACUUCCCACUCCUAGCAGCUCAGAAUGCACAUUGCCAUUUCGACUUCACCUAGUACAGUUGCUGGACUGGUUCUUGGAGCACUAAGAACCUUAGAUCAGUGGAAAGGCAGAGGCAUGGAAGCCAGCAAAAUGGGCAGAGACCACUGUCCUAGAACCACAGGAAAAGACUCCCAGACACUCCCGUCUGUUAUUGUAGGUGUGUGGUGGAAAAUAGUCUAAGAGGAGAUCCAGGGAAAGGGAGGUGGUGGUGAGGUGGCUUUUCUGUUCCCAUGAAGGGGCUAGGGAAGCCUCCUUGCAAAUGGAGAACUCUUCUGGCAGAAGUCUUUUGUUUGGCCCUGUUUUCCACACAGCAAAAGUAGACUUGGGUAAAUAAUUCAGAUUGUUGGAAGGUGAUAGGAAUCAUUUAUUUUCCUUAUACUGAACUUGGGAGCAUUACUUUUGGUAUAGACAAGCAUCAGAAUUUGAAAACCUAUUUUAGCUAAAACCUCCAGCUCAAGGAAGUAAGUAUAUCACAGAGGCUAUUGGGUGGGACCCCACCCCACCCAAUAUGCAGCCUCUUGUCAUUGAGAGAAGCAUUGGUCCAGGUUUGGGAAGAAAGGUCCCAGUGCAGGGAGCCAUUUUGAUCCUGGCCCCAGGUCUCCCUAUCUUGUCACCAUCAGCUUGGACAGUGGAAAGUAAGUCUUGGGAGCCUGAAGUUCACACCAGCAUGGCCAGUUGACCUCCCUUGUACAGCCCAGACCUAAAGUCAGGAAGGACAAUGGCUGGAGAGAACGCUGUGCCGCUGUAUCCUCCACACCAUGUUCAGAUCUUCCUGCCACAGAUACAGGAUCCCCAUUCCCACAUGGGACGUGGCUCCCUGCCUGGAAGGAGAAACCUAGGAAGGAGUAUUUCAAGGCCGGCAAGUAUGCUAAUAAAAAUUAAAAUGCCAUUUAAUAUCCACUCUGCAGUCCUUCACUGCCUCCUCUCCUUUUCUGGUUCGUCAGUGGCACAUUUAACUCUUGGUGCUCCAGAUGGCCAAUGACUUCCAUUUUCUUGGCCAGACUAUGAGGAUGGAGUAAUGUUGAGUCAAAGUCAACACCCAUGGUUCUCAGCUAUGUGGACAGAUGUGGAUAUCUGUCUGUCCUUAUUAAUCUAGACCUGGUGCUAUUUGUGGCAAACUGUGCCUAUGGAUGUAAUUUCCUUCAUUUUCUUUCUUUCUUUUUUUUCCUAAUGCAUUGCAACUGAGUAAUUAUGCUAGAAAGACAGAUUUCCAUGUAGGACUUUCCUUAGCACACGACUUUUGUCCUUCUUUUUUUUUUUUUUUUUUUUUUUUUACUGUUUUAGGAGAGCUGGGUUUUCAGUGUCUGAGACCCCUUAUUUUUAAAAGAAAAAAGAAACUGUUUUUUCUUUUCUAUUAGCCAAAAAGAAAAUCGCAUUAAAAAGAACAAUGUCAUGCUCUUUCUUCCCUCUCUCCCUGCUGAGUUGGAAGGGACAGAUGCACAUGAGCUGGGAGCUUUUGAAUCAAUUGCUCAAAAGACUUUUCUGUUCCCCCACCAUGGCGAGGUCAGGGCAGUGACAACAAACAAUUUAACUUCUCGAACCUUGUGGUGCCUUUUCUCGUGGUGCUUCUCUGUUGUGUAACUCCACUCAAGGCGGCCACUUGCAGCAAACAGCAAUGCCAGCAAAUGGUAUUAUGUGCCAGUGCAGUAAAAGACUUUAAUGUAUAAAUAUAUACAUAGAUAUAGAUAUAUCACUAUAGUUAUAUAACUAUAUAAUUGAGGUUCUGAUGCAGCUUUGGUGGGAGUUGAUCAUUCCUCUACAAAAAUAUAUACUACUCAACUGGAACUAAUGGGUCUCUUGAGGGUAUUGACAUUUGGGAAAGGCACAACAGAUGAGAUGGGUUACUCUCCUGUGACAAGUUUUCUUCUUCCUUCUUGUGAAAGUUGCUGUCUCCGUAACACAGAAUAUUUGAUAAGGGAGCAAAGUGCAGCUUCUUUUGAACUUCCUUUGGUGCUGAUAUAUAUUUCUUUUAAUUCUUUCUUUGUUUUGCUUCCCCAUUAGUGGCCAAUAAGCUGCUUUCCCCAAAAUCUUGACUCACCAAUCAAAGGUGGCAGGGGACAGUUUGGGAAUAAGAGGCUGGAAGUUGGGCAUCCCUCACUUCGUGUCCUGACUCAGUUUCCCCUGUGACCUGCAUACGUCCCAUACAUGGGUUCUCCAUCUACAAUGAGUAUCAUAAUAUUUACCUCAUGGGGAAGAGUAACUUAAAAGGAUUAACUGAUGAUACUGAAUCACUAGAUCAUUAUUAAUUUGGAGACAGCAACUUGACAUGUUAAGAUUUUGUUUAUAUGUUGCUAAGACUUAAAUCUUGGGGUUUUGUUUUGUUCGCCUCUUGUUUCUCCAUCUCUGCUGUGUUUUCUGUCCUGCCUUUGGCAAUACCUUAAAUAUUCUGUAACUGAUGGAGAUUCACCUAGGGCGUUGGGUAGUGCUAAUUUCUCCCAAGGGAACAACAUCACUAAUACUGUAUAAGGUGCUAGAAUCAAACCUCAUUUUAUAUACUUUGGUUCUUAGAGAAAAACAAAACAUGCAGAAUUCUUUCUGUGAAGCCUUACUAUAGAUUGCUAUAGCCAAUUGUUUAUCCAAAAAGUGAGACAGAGAGAAUAGAAAAUGAAGAUAAGAUGCAGAGAUUCUGUAUAAAGUGUAACAAAAAGACCUUUGCUAUUUCUUAUAUUAAGGUAAACUAUCAUAUAUAUAUAUUUAUAUACAUAUAUAUAUAUGUUUGAGGCAGAUAGAAUGGAAAAACCUACAGUGUGGUCAUCUUUAUUUUGUCAGUUAAUUCACAACUUUUAGUAUGUGUGCAAGAGAGGUUUGGAGUGGGGAUGGGAUAAGGGAUGCCCAGUGUGAUACGGGAAAUCAUUCAUCUUUCUGUUCUGUUCCACAUGUUAGUAGAAGGAGUAGGCUGAAUGAGAGGAAAGGGGAAUAAAUCAAGACAUAGAUGUGCUUUUUAAAUGUUCUGAGCAUUGAUGUUAUGCUUUUGUGUUGUUUCUUCUUUAUUCCAAGGUUUCUCUACAGUGCUGUAAAAAUGUCCCCUGCCUAGGGAGUUAACCAAUAACGUUUACCUCAAGAAAGCUUAAAAAAAAAAAGAGGCAGUAUUUUUCCCAUCUCUUAAAAAAUACUGUCCCUCUAACCAAAAGGUGAGGCAUUUCCACAGAAGUUCAGCAAGAGAAGAGAACCAUUUCUGAGGCUUUCCUUCAUGUCCCCAUCCUUUUCCACCGCACCUCACCCCCUUUAGUUACUAAUGAAAGAAUCCAAGAGAUGAGUUUUGACCAGAAGUGGGUUAGGAUGUGAUUAAAGUGUAUUAUUGGUGAAUAUAAACUUUGCCAGAACUAGCAGUGUGGGGUCCUUUCAAAGGAUGGCUGUGUACUUCAGAUGUUUCAUGCUAGCAUGUGUGUGUGUGUGUGUGUGUGUGUGUGUGUGUGUGUACUGUAUAUAUGUUCCAGUGUGUGAAAUGUCUGGUGGACAGAGAACAAAAUACCGCAAACAGAAAUGAACAGGAAAAGAUAUAUAUCAAAUGCUAUUUUAUCAGAUGAUGCACUUGUUCACCUUGAUGAGAAGCCACUGUUUCACAACUAUGCAAUCUCCCAGUUUUUCUCCCCACCCCUUCACCUUAGAUUUCCAAACUGUUUUCCAUAAUCCUCACAGAUUUUUUCCUUUGUACAAGAAACACAAUAUCCAAUCCCUGGUUCAAGGUGAGCAUGCUACAGUGAUUCUUUUCCUAAAUUUAAGAGCUAAAGAAAAAAAAUUUUCCUUUUCUUUAAUUGGAAAUGAUUCAGUGUAACCUCGUUUGGUUCUGUAAGUGAACUGAUGUGUAUUUUCUGUUUCAGUUACAUGUUUACAACUUGUUUUCAUCCUCUUCUUGGUUCAAAAUAUUUAUUUUCUUUACAGAUUCUACUUUUUAUAUAUGUUUUGGGGAUGUGUUAAGGCAAGAAGAAAAAUUUGGCUUAAGUGGAAAAAUGAGCAUGUGACCUCUGGGGCCGGGGGUGGGGAGAUCAUGUGUACCUGCAGCUGAAUUAGUACUUACAUCAUGGUCCUGAGUCAAGACCAUGGCAGGGAAUCUGGUGGACUCUGGGGAGGAACUGACCUGAGUGUUUUUCUUUCCUUAUUUGUGGUCGUCUCUAUGGAGUAACCUAUCCCCAGAGGAUGGACUAGUGUUUUCUGCCUUAGCUUUAGGCCAACUGUGUCCUUCCUAGCUACUCCACCCAGUGCCAAAUCCCAUGUCCCUUCUGUUGCACCACGGACUCCUAAUACCUCUCCUCCCCUGCCAGCCACUGAUGGCAACUUGCCCAAGUGGGGUUAAUGCAUCUGCUUUCAUUUCGAAAGUUAGAUAUAAAGGGAAUCUUUGAGAGCCUAGUGUCAAAAGUGCUCAGGAAAUUGGCCCUAGACUGUGUGCCAUUUGGAAACAUUUGAAACAUACUCAUAGCUGCAGUGAGGGCAGCGGGUUCUAGCACAUUUACAAACUACCAUCAAGCCACUUCGGCUGAGCAAGACUUUGAGAGGUUUUUAAAAAAUAGUUGAGAGAAAGAUGAUAGGUCACAUGGUUACACAAAGCACAAACUUGGCAGGGGAAGCCCUGUACGCAGAAGGCAGCUUUGCAACUUCUCUGGUUGUCUGCACAAGUCUGAGUUUUGCACAUGGUUUACAAGUCUUGCACAAGGUGGCCGAGCCAUCCAAGACAGUUUUUAAAAGAGAAAUCCAGACACUGCCUAACUGAUCCAGCACAACAUGCUUCCACUCGGCAGCAGGUGGGAGCUUAGAUGAAAUUCCUUUGGAAUGAAGAAGGAAGUCGGUCCUUUGAUGAAGUGCAUUGUCUCUUGUGGCCUCAUUCCUUGCCUUCCCCUAUCCUGCACAUUCUCUUAGCUACUCAGGGGAUCUGAACAAAGAGCUAUUCAUUUACUUUUGUCUUGUUCCAUAGAUCACAUCUGCUGAGAACCAUCCUGGGAAUUUCUCACCCAUUCUUUGGUCUUCUUUCUUAUAUAUAAUAGGAAUAAAGGGUUCCUCUUCUCCCUCAAGUGAGUAUUUUGGAGACUUUCAGAGCUGUCCUGGGACCUGGACCUGCAUAACCAGACCCCAAGAAGCUUCCCCAAAGCUGACUUGUCUUUAAGGCUCAGGAAGUCCACGGGGGAUCUGUUCCAGGACACCAUGAAAUUUCCCAACUCCUGGCCCUCUCUAAAAAUCAGCUGUACAUUUGGAGGAGCCUGUUGGAGGUUGCCAAGGUCUGGACCUGUGACCCUAGUCCCCUCUAGCCUGCCCCAUCGGCACUCAGGCCUCUGGGUCUUCACUCACCUUGGGCAGAAUGAAGAGUGGCCAAAGGUUGAAAGUGGUGGAGAUCCCUCACUCCUUGCUUGCCCAGGGCCAAAUCAGAGUGUCCAAUACCCAUUUGGGGGCUGUGACAACCUGCCUCUCUGGGAAGGGUCAUGCCCACCUCUGCAGUCUGUGGCAUUGUUGAGUUUCUGCCCAAAUCUAGACCCAGGAAACCUGCCUGUUCGGAAGCCUGACAAUUCAUUCCCAGUGUAAACAGAGCCUUUGCUGGAAAAAUCUUCCCUAUCAGAGUGGAUGAGUCCGACCCUGUGCUAUGUGGGCUCUUGCCAUCCACUGGACCCUGAGAUCCUGAGUGGCCCAUGGAUGUACAGUCCUGAAUGCCAGGCCAGAGAGGUCAGGGGUGGCCAAGAGCCCUGCAGGGCUGGCUGCUUCUGAAGAAGGAAUCUGGUCAGAGAUGUUGUGCUUCCCCUGAUGGGAGUAGGAGACAGUUCCUUAGAGGAAAGAAGCAUUUAGAAUUACUGGGGUCUCAGGAAUGUCACAUGUCAGAACCAGUCCAGUGUGGUCUGAGCGGGUGACAUCAGUGAUGCAGAGCAGAGCCCUUCUGGGGAGGAUGAGAGGACCCAGAUUCUGCUCACAGUAACCAAGGGCCACAGAUGUGUCAGGCUCUGUGCCCAAUGCCUCCAUACAAAUCAUCUCCUCUAAAUCCUGAGGAUCACCUGGUGAGGUGAGAAAUCCCCUCCCUUUUACAAAUGGGGAAACUGAGGCUCAGGGAGUCCUCACAUUUGCACAGGGUCCCAUGGUCAGUCGGGGGUUCAGCUGGGCGCAGACCUCAGUAUCUCGGUUCUGCUUCAUCCCUAGUGGUCCUGCUCCUCUUCCAGGUGGACUCCACCUCAUCCCCCUCCUCAUGGCUCACAAACACCAGGGAGUUCACAGUGCCUGGUGUGGAAUGUUUGGGACUAAAUCCAGGAAGCCUGAGCAUUUUUGUUUGCAUUCAGUUGGCCCAAGAAACUAGGAUAAGAGUGGGGAGAAUUCAGGGACGAUUAAUGAAAUACAGCGUCACACGGAAAAUGAUGCCUGCUUUCCAGAGGUCACCCUGAGCCUUACCCCUUCAGUUAUGUUCUGGAGUUAUGUUCUGGAGGAGCUGCGUGGAACUGGAGCCCUCCCAGGUGCACUCUGAGUUGUCUGUUUGGGUUGUCCUGAGAACUUUAGUGUCUCCUAUCUGUCUUGUUUUGUUUGUGUUCUCCAUGACCUUGAGAGAUGACUUUCAGAUAAAUGGAUUAUUUUCCUAAGGAUAUAGAGGGGAUGAGAAGUCGGAGUUAGAACAAAUUAAGAAAUUUAAGCUUCACGGGGUCAGUUCUGAGGCAGUUUUUGCAGACAGUGGCUGUGACUCAGCAGCGAGAAGGAGCAGUCCCGAAAGGAACCUGUGCUGGGCUAGGGAGAAGGCAGGCUGAGGUUGGGGGUGACCAUGCCAGGGCCUGGGAACUGGCAUCUGCUCCUGUCCUCACUGCUCUUGGGCGGGCCAUCGCCUUCCAUGAGCCCCAAUGUCCCAGUCUCUAAAAUGCAGGCAUGAACUUGGUAACCUCUGUGAUUGAUCCAAGCCAGAAAGGUAUGAAAAAAGUGAGCCAGGCAAAUACAUUUGAUAAAAUGUCUUGAAUGUUGAAUAGAUACCUUCAGAUUUGGGAACAGAAACCACUCUAGGACCCUAAGUCAACAAAUGCAAAUACCAACAUCAAACUAGCAGGCUGAAGACGGUGAUUUUCACUUCCAUGUGAACUGAUUAAAAACAAUAGAAAUGAGAGAAGAGGCCGGGUGCAGUGGCUCACGCCUGUAACUCCAGCACUUUGGGAUGCCAAGGCGGGAGGAUCACCUGAGGUCAGAAGUUUGAGACCAGCCUGGUCAACAUGGUGAAACCCUGUCUCUACUAAAAAUACAAAAAUUAUCCAGGUGUGGUUACACCCACCUGUAAUCCCAGCUACUCGGGAAGCUGAGGCAGGAGAAUCGCUUGAACCUGGGAGGUGGAGGUUGCAGUGAGCAGAGAUCGCACCACUGCACUCCAGCCUGGGUGACAGAGCAAGACUGCAUCUCAAAAACAAAAACAAAAACAAAAGAGAGAAAUGAGAGAAGAGCAUAAGGGAGAGGGUGAUGGGGAGAAGAGCAGAAACGGACAGGAAGAAAGAGAUUAGAGAGACUGGUGCGAGGGGAAUGAUAAGACUGCCAUGUUCUUCCUCCACCAGCAGUCUCGUGUUUUAUGUUUGUUUACAACAAUUAUAUCAGCUUAAUGGCUACCGAGCACCUUCUGAGUGAGGACAUGCACACACACACACACACACACACACACACAAGUUAUUCUAAUCCUGCCAAUGUCCAGUGGUUACCCAUGGGGAAAAUCCCUCAGUCCUUGAGCAUAGCUGGGGCUUCUUCAGAGCACAAGGAACAGUGGAAUCUCAGAGUUUGAAGGAGACUCAGACACCACCUAAUUUUUGCUCAUCCACGCAGUCACUGACAAAAGGCUAUCAUACUUAUUGUCACAGGUCUCCAAGGACAGAAGCUCCUUGCCUCCAUUCAUCAUUGAGUACCACGUAAUUGGACAGUCUUCCCUUGGAACUGGCCUACUGCUGCCUGUUGUGAUCCAGACUGGUUUCUUUUGCUUUGGGCUUCCAAGGGGACAAAGCCCCUGCCUCUGGAUGAAUGAUCUCUGGGACACUUGGAAGUGCCCUUGGCCUUGUCUUGCCCAGAAACUUCCGAAGGCAAGAGUAGAAAUUGUACCUCACCUUGUCUUUGCAUCCUGAAGUUCAAUGCUUAAGACAGACAGCAAUCCUCCCACCAACCUCACAGCCCAUCCACGCUGGAAGCAGCUGCUCAUCUUUUUUGUGUCCUGUUAUUAUACAGACUCAGAUGAACUGUUUCUCAUUCCUUUCCAUUCAUCAGGUCCAGUGUUUUAUGUUCAAAAUUCAAAUGUAAGUCUUCACUUGAAAUGGAUCGAGGAAGGUAGGAGGAGGCCCCUGGGUAUUGCCUCCAAGGGGAAUAUGUAUUUAUAGGGUCUUCAAAGCCCUCAGAGCACUGCUGAUACCGUCCCCUCUUCCCCAAACCAAUCCUCUUGUUGCAUUUCCCAAAAACUCAAUUCAACCUGGAUCAUGGCCUCCAUGCAGCAGGAGCUCUGCUCGACAUUGGGAAGACAAAGAGGAAAGAUUGUCUCUUAAGGCACUCACAGUCCCCAGGGAGACAAAGCACAAACCUAUGGGCACUACAAUCCGGCUUCUGGGAGGACAGGGUGGUCCUGCCCAGCAGAGCUGACUUCAUGCCUCCCAAAGUUCACACGGCUUCUCAUCAAGGGCCUCUCUCAUCAGUUCCCUCUCCCAACCUACCAUCAUCCCCAGAUGAACCAGGCAUUACACUAGGACCCCCUCAGUCUUCCCCCUAACCAGGGCUGCAACUGUUCCCAGCUAUUUCUCAACAGAGCAAAUCCUGCCAAAAGUAGGAUCAUGUCCAGAGUAAAAAUAACCACUAAACAAUCCAAUGAGCUUGAUUCAGUUCAGCAUUUAGCCCAACAGAUGCCUCUGAACCCUGUAUCUUCCACAUUUUCUCUAGAGUCUCUAGAGCCUUCUAGCCACGUCCGACAAACCCAAAAGUUACUCCUUGGUUUUCUUGCCCAAGUCCCUUAGGUCCCUUUUGGCCGCCUGUACUGAUCUGAGCUGACCCUUCUUUGGUUGGUGGUUUCAUGGCUCUGUUCUCCAAGUCACUGCCUCAGGAAACCAAUGUCCAUGUCUGCUUUCUUCUUACCCCAUCUUCCUUCCAUCCAGGACAGAAAUAUGAGGACAAAGAGGUCUCUGCAGUAGCUAUCACUGCCUGACAGAGCAUUUUAUAGUAAAAUUGCAUUCACAGUUAAGAUCAAGGCUGAUGGAAGCCUUCUUGGUGGCCUGUUGAGCUCUCCAUUGGAAGAGUUGUUCUUGGAAAUGAGAAGGAGAAAGGGACCAUCUCAAUGUCCCCAUGUGGUAGAUCUUGCUUCAACCACUAUGCGUGCAGAUGACCCAAGAGAGGAAAAGCUGGGCCAGAUCCAUUACAGCUAAACUGAUUUCCAGCCAGCAGGUGUCAAGGGCGCUCAGAGUGGUCCCUGACACAGUGGCUGUGGAAGUGAGUUCUAACUCUAGGGAAGAUGAAGAAACCCUGACUCCCUUACUAUCGAUGUUGGGCUGCUGAACUCACAAGGUGCUCCAACCCCACCUGGCAAGAAUACAUAGAACAACCCUAUGGGAUGGGUUACUCCUAUUUAGAUAAAUUAAAAUUACUUCUUUUUUUUCUGGGCACAAAAAGCAAAAACAAAGACUUUCUUAAUUUCACCAGGGUUUGCAAUUGAACACAUCUGAUUCCCUGACUUAAAGAAAUAUAUAUGUAUAGUUUUCAUUUUUGAGCAGGUAUUUUUUUAAUGGGGCUUAUUUUUGGAUUUGAGAUCACUGGGCUUCUUGCCUUGUGAAUCAAUGCUUGCUGCUGUAUUGCAAAUGCAUACAUUGGUGACCGCAGUAUUAAGCCAAAUUUAAAAUCUUAGUCUCCUCCAUCUGUAAGUGUUAUGUAUCUACCUCAUUAUGAUUUUUUUGGUUUCCUGUGCUUUCGUGUUGUGUACAAUGUCAGAGGUGAAAUGUAGAUAAAAAUAUAUAUAUAUAUAAAUAUAUAUUUUUUGCUUUGCAAUAAAGUUCAAAGCUAUAACACAGACUAUUCCUGAAAUAUCAUAGACUUUUAUUGUGCUCUAUCUCCUUAGUUGUGAAUUGUCUCGGGAACCUUUUUGCCUAUUCACGAGAGUCAAUAUUGUUGUGUUUGUCAUUUGAUGAAUUAUUCUAAUUAUUUUAACUGUACUUUUUUGACACAUUGAAUAAGACACUAGGAUUCUUGAACAACUCUUGGUUUCAAAGGUGCUUUAUUUCUGUGGACUCUAGUGAUCAAAUGGAAGGGAAGUAUCUCUGCAGACUUGAAUCUUUCAGAAAAAAUUAUGGAUCUCAAUGCCAUUGGGCUUUGGGUUUAGAACAAAAGGUUCGUGCGUAGGGGGAAAAAGGAAACAUUGGUUUGGCUUUGACUUCUUGACGCUUUUGGUAUUUAUUGAUGUCCAACCUUAUUUCUUUUUAAAAUUUCAAUUUCUUGGCAUGAAAUUCGGUAUUCAUUGACUCCCUGGCAUUCUUGUGUGACGUGGCUGCUUUUGACUUUUUGACUCUGCCAUUUUCCCUAGGUUGAUUUUAUGUGUUGUGCUAUUUGGUGGUGAACUAUCCUGUGCCCAGCCCCCACCUCUUCUCUAAACGUUCUGGAACUCUCUUUCAUACCACAUGUUAAGAGGAACGGUGAUUUGGAAACUUUUGUAGUCUACAAGCCAGCAAUGCCAUAAAGACUCAAGGUUUUCAGAAGAAUCCUGACCAGUUACAGUACAGGUUCAAGGGAUUGUGAAUAGAAGGUGGAUUGUUUGCAAUGGAUUCCCUUUAUUUAUGUGCUUGAACAGAAUUGCUAUCCUUUAGCUAAGCACAUGUAGGUUGUGAACCCUAAAUAAUUUGUAUGGUUCAACCACCCUUGUUUUUUUGUGUCUUUGGCCAAAAUAUAAGGCUUUUCUUAAAUUCCUUCAAUAUAUUUUAAACAGUAUAAAGAAAAGUCUAUAAGUUAGAAUAAAAGAUCCUUAAAAAUGAUACUUCAACAAAACCCUUUAAGUAUUUUAUUAUUCCCCAGUUCUAGGGGGCUACGGAAAAGUGAUCUUUGAAAGGGGGAAUUAUUUCCACAAAUGGUGACAUUUCCCAUAAAAUAUAUGCAAUGCUAUAGAAAAAUAAAUAUUUCAUAAUAUGUUUGUUUUUCUUUUUCGAUUAUCAUAAAUAAUUGCUGGUAUGUAUUAGUAAUGGACAUUUUAACUUGUAUUCGGGGAGGUUUGCUUUCUUCUUUAAUGAUGCUGAGUAAGCAUUUAAAACAACCUGGCUAGGUUAGACUUUGCCUGUUCUUGACUAUUUCUCUCUUUUUAUGGUAUAAAGGUCUGUCUAUGAAUUGAAAUGCAGAUAAAACAUGUACUGAAGGUAGAACACACUGAUGUUGAUUUGAAGGGAAAAAUAUAAUGAUAAAUAUAUAUAUUUAUAUAUAUACACACAUAAGUAGGUGAGUGGGAAUAUAUGAUAUAUUCACACACACGCAAACACACACGUGGGCACAAUGACAGUAUGCUUUCAAAGUUGGUUUUUUGAUUCUGAGGAAUUUGCCACCUCACUGAGCUUCCCAAGAUUCCAAAAUUUCCUUUGAAAUAAUUACAUGUUUAAGAAAGAAAUGUUUUGCUUGUUUUCUGUAGGUACUAGAAAACACAAUUCUUAUGAUUCCCUAUUCUUUCAUAUCCAUUGUGACAUAUCCAUUGUGCACUCAGAGGAGCCUGUUUUUAGGGAGACUUUGGGAGGAUCCUUUCUUGUAUUACCACCUUUCACCCCACCCAAUGCCUUGAGAAAAUUAGCUACAGAGCCACCUACACCUGCUCAUCUUGACUCUUGUCUUUCUGUUCAUCUCAGUUCCCCAGUUUUUCCACAGGGGAGGCCUUGUUUCCUGGAGACCCUCCUGAAGUUUGAAUACUGGAGUGAACUCUCUUUCCAUGCUGGUUCUGGGUCCUCUCCACACCUGGUGCCACCCUCCCUGGACUCCCAGCCCCAUUGCUCCCCAGGGCACAGAUAACAGGAAUUUCAGAGUUAGUAGAAGGAAUUUUUUGCUGCAUCUGUGAUCGAGGCAUUUUAGAUAUACAUGUUCGUAGCCCUAAGCAUGAGGUUUAAUCUAUUUCUUAUAGAGGAAGGGUUCACAAUGGACCAAACUCUAAGGGUAACCCAAGGAGAUGGCAUAACAGGACUUCUGACCCAGACCAGCCAGUUUUGUUCUCAUAGUGACUUUCUGCUCACUCAUGAGCAAAACUCCCUUAGUUGAUAGGGAAUCCCUGAUAUGUCAGAGCCAGUAUGGGAACAGGGAAAAGGAAUUGAACUUCAAUUCACUGUAAAAAGCAUUUUCUUCUUUCUCUUUCCUUUUCUGUUUGUAGACCAUAUUUCUGCAGAGUGGGCUGGUCCUUGGGGCAUGACCAUUGUUGGGUUAUUGUGGGGAGUUUUCUGCACUGCUGGGAGGAUGCUGUAGUUUUGUUUGCUUGUUUUAAAUCUCAUUAUUACACCUCUUUGUUGCCUGCAAAGGGAGAAGAUGCUGUCCCCAGGAUAUAAUCAUUCUAGAUAGAGAUGCUUUCAGUUCUGUUUAUGGUUGCCAGUUGCUAUUGAACUCCUAAGGAAAUCUCCAAUUUGGAAACCAUUUCUGACUGCCUGUUUGGGUUCUUGGUUUUCUGCUUCUGGGCAAGAACAGCUUCUAUGCUUUAGGAGCUUUGAAAUCACUGGACCAGAGGAAGCAGAUGUAUUACAAUGGGAUGUGGCAGAUUAUGCAAGAAUUUCUUUUACCCUAAACUCAAGGUGUUGUACAGCUCUGGUAGAGGAUUUUUGACAUUUCGUAUGUUCUCAGGCCACUGGGUCUUCCCAGUGACCUUCCCUGCAAGGACAAUGUGACAGAUAAUGAAUCUGUUUUACCCCAGUCGACUUUCCUUGCCAGAACAGUAUUCUCACUUCAAAUUCAAUUAAUCAUUUGAUUAUCAAAUAUUUAUUGAACACUUACUCUGCCAAGCAAAGGGCUAGUACCAUAGGGAUAUAAAGAUGAAAUAAACCUCAAGGCAUGUAAUACAAGAUAUGAGAAAUGUAUGUUAAAAACCAUACUGCAAUGGAAAAUGGAACCUAAGGAGAAGUGCAAGAUGCUUUGGACGUCCAGAA